AGUUCAUGCAACAAGAAUCUCAGCGCAGCAGUGAUCUUUCUUCUGUGGGCAGAUUACUCUAUACAUGCAUAAAUAAGGAUAACGGUGGCAGUUGUUACAGAGAAAAAAACAAAAAUCUUUUGGAUGUGUGAAGAUUGAGGAGCUACUCUGCUGUUUUGUUUUUUUGACUUGAAAAAAUCUGAAACUCUCCUCCAAUUCUGAUGAUGGAGAGGUUCAAGUCUAACAGAGGGGCGCAUGUUAACUCCGGUUAUGAUCCCACUCUGGACGAACCUCCGGUCUAUGAAGAGACCAACUUUUCGAACGAGGAGCACCGGGCUGUCCGGCCCUCAGUGAUGAGCGCCUUCGGCCAUGACACUUUGGACCGGGUUCCCAACAUUGACUUCUACCGUAAUGCUGGCAGCAUGAGCGGCCAGAGGGCUGUGAGACCCUCCCUGCAGGAGCUCCAUGAUGUGUUUCAGAAGGGGCCGAUCUCUGUGCCAGAGACUGUGGAAGAUGAUGGGGAGAAGAGUGACGGGACCCCCUCGGAUGAUUUGGAGUCUGCUGCGCCCCUUGACCUCAACAAAGGGGGUGUGAAGUUUGGCUGGAUAAGGGGAGUCCUGGUGAGAUGCAUGCUAAACAUCUGGGGUGUCAUGCUCUUCAUCCGCCUGUCUUGGGUGUUUGGUCAGGCAGGAUGGGGUUUGGGAAUUGUGGUCAUCGCCCUGAGUUGUGUGGUGACCACCAUCACCGGCCUUUCCAUGUCUGCCAUCUGCACGAACGGCGUGGUCAGAGGAGGGGGGGCCUACUACUUGAUAUCCCGCAGUCUGGGUCCAGAGUUUGGAGGCUCGAUUGGUCUCAUUUUUGCCUUUGCCAAUGCUGUGGCUGUGGCCAUGUAUGUGGUGGGCUUUGCCGAGACAGUGGUGGACUUGCUGAUUGAACAUGAUGCCCUCAUGGUUGAUCCAACAAAUGACAUCAGAAUCGUUGGCUGCAUCACAGUGGUGUUGCUUUUGGGCAUUUCUGUAGCAGGAAUGGAGUGGGAGGCAAAAGCACAGAUUCUUCUUCUUGUUAUCUUGCUGGUGGCCAUUGUUAACGUCUUUGUUGGAACCGCCAUUCCCGCCACAGAAGACAAGAAAUCCAAAGGCUUUUUCAGUUAUCAAUCGCAAAUAUUUUUGGAGAAUUUUACACCAAAUUUUAGGGGCGGUGAGACUUUUUUUUCAGUGUUUGCCAUCUUUUUCCCUGCGGCAACCGGAAUCUUGGCUGGAGCCAACAUCUCCGGAGACCUGCGGGAUGCACAAGCUGCCAUUCCCAAAGGUACCUUGUUGGCCAUCUUGAUCACUGGCGUCACCUACCUCGGCAUUGCUCUUUGUGUCUCGGCCACAGUUGUCCGAGAUGCCACAGGAAACAGGAACGACAGUGUUCCUCUGGGCACAUACUGUAACGGUUCUUCUGAAAUCGCCUGUAACUUCGGCUACGACUUCUCCUCCUGUGAAGUGGAAUCCUGCAAAUUUGGGCUGAUGAACAACUUCCAGGUCAUGACCAUGGUGUCCGGCUUUGGUCCCCUCAUCAUUGCAGGAACGUUCUCAGCCACUCUCUCGUCGGCCCUGGCUUCCCUUGUUAGCGCUCCGAAAGUUUUCCAGGCUCUGUGUAAGGACAAUAUCUACUCUGCCCUGCACUUCUUUGCCAAAGGACACGGCAAGAACAAUGAGCCCAUCCGCGGAUACGUCCUUACCUUCAUCAUUUCUGUGGCCUUCAUUCUCAUUGGCAAUCUCAACACCAUUGCUCCCAUCAUCUCAAACUUCUUCCUGGCAUCCUACGCUCUCAUCAACUUCUCCUGUUUCCACGCCUCUUAUGCUCGCUCUCCAGGCUGGAGACCAGCAUACAAAUACUACAACAUGUGGCUGUCUCUGCUGGGCGCCCUGCUCUGCUGCGUUGUCAUGUUUGUCAUCAACUGGUGGGCCGCCCUGCUCACGUACGGCAUCGAAAUCCUCCUCUACAUCUACGUCACAGUCAAGAAGCCAAACGUGAACUGGGGUUCGUCCACUCAGGCGGUGACGUUUGUGAGUUCAGUCAGCAACGCUCUGUCUCUGUCCGGCGUGGAGGAUCAUGUGAAGAAUUUCAGGCCGCAGAUCUUAACCCUGACGGGAUCUGCACGGAACAGGCCUCCUCUUCUGGACCUUGCUCACUCUUUCACAAAGAACUAUGGACUCUGUAUCACUUGUGAAGUUUUUGUGGGCCCAAAAUCUGAAGUUCUACCAGAAAUGAAUGCUGGAAUGGAAUCAAACCAGCUUUGGCUGGUGAAGCGCAAACGCAAGGCGUUCUACGCUGCCGUGGCCUGUGAGAACUUCAGGGAAGGGACUGAGACCCUACUGCAGGCUUCUGGUCUUGGCCGCAUGAAGCCAAACACAUUAAUGAUUGGCUUCAAGAAAAACUGGCAGACGGCAGGCAAGGAUGAAGUGCAGAGUUAUGUGGGAAUACUUCAUGACGCCUUUGACUUUGAGUACGGAACAGUGAUGCUGAGGAUGGAUGAAGGUCUGGAUGUGUCUCACAUCAUCAAGGCAGAAGAUGAGAUGCUGAAAGCAGCAAAAGAGCAGCAGGAAAAUGAAAUGAUGGCCAAUGGAGGGAAAGGAAAGGGACUCUUCAGGAAAUCCAGAAAGUCAUCCCAGCAAGUGCUCACAACCAGAGUUUCGGUGAACGGCGCCCCACCGCCGCAGAUUGCAAAGAUGAAUGAGAGGCUGAUGGAGUCCAGUGGUCUGUUUAAGAAGAAACAGCCUAAAGGCACCAUUGAUGUGUGGUGGCUGUUUGAUGAUGGAGGUCUUACCCUGCUGCUCCCCUACAUUCUCACUACCAGGAAGAAGUGGAAAGACUGCAAAUUGAGGAUUUUCAUUGCAGGGGAGCCCGGGCGGAGUGAGGCAGAUAAAGAGGAGAUGAGAUCUCUGCUGCACAAGUUCCGAAUCAAAUGCAGCGACAUCAACGUGAUUGACGAGAUCCACAUCAAACCCAGCGGUGACAGCAUAAGGAACUUUAAGGAGAUGAUUGACCCCUUCUGUCUGCACGAGGGGACAAAAGACACUGCUCAAGCCGAAGCCAUGAAGAAAGCGCACCCCUGGAAAAUAACAGACCAAGAGCUGAACAACUUUGAGGAGAAGACCAACCUCCAGAUGCGACUCAAUGAAGUUCUCCAGGAAAACUCCAAAUCAGCCAAUUUGAUCAUUGUGAGCAUGCCCAUCGCUCGUAAGGGAUCCGUCUCUGAUUACCUCUAUAUGGCUUGGCUGGACGCUCUGACAAAGAACCUUCCACCCACUCUGCUCAUCAGAGGCAACCAUAAGAGUGUCCUUACUUUCUACUCAUGAGAAGCUUGAACCCUAAAAAGAUAGAUUGUGGAGGAUGUUCUUCCAGUUUGACACCAAACACUAUUCUCUUUUUAAAAAAAAUGCACAAAAAAGAAAGUUAAGGUAAAAAUGUUAAAAUCUAGCCAGUAAGUUGGUUUUAUUUUAUGGUCGGGGGUUGUUUUAUUUUUUUAUAACGAAUUGUGGCAAUUUAUAUAGUAAGAUUCAUCAGCAACCAAUUCGUCAACAAGCUGUUCUGCACAAGCACAUUGAAUGACCUCAGAAAAAAAGCAGCUUAUUUUCAGGAUUUCUUUAUUGCAACUGCAAGUUAGGAUCAGAACCAAGUCAAAUUCACCUGACUGAACAGGUAGAGUAAGAGGCAAACACACUGUGCAUUUGUCAUUGUAAAAUACAUGUAUAUAGAACCCUACAAUUGAUAUCUUUUUUGAACAAAGAAAACUUUCAUGAAUGAUUAUUAAAGUGGCCAAGGUAAUGCAAAUUAAAUAAGCACUGUGAUAAUGAUAGGUUAAUUGUCUUUCUUUAUUUUGAUGUUCACUGGGUGUAGCAUCAUGCAAUUGUUUACCUGAGCCACUUUAGUCUCUGUGUUGUUUUCAAGUUACAAUCAUCAUCCAUAUUUUAAGCUAAAUCAACCAAAGCACUGGAAACCAACUAUGCUGCGUAUUUCACCAAUUGCCUUGUCUAUUUAAUUUAAUUAGUAGAUGUGAUUACCUGAGAUACAGCACAACAUAAUGUAUGAGCAGUUGUUUUUUUUCUUGCAAAUGUUGCUUGAUGAUGUGUUAUUUUAUUAUUCAAAGUAUGUGGGCAUUUUGUUUGUUUGUUUGUUUGAGUAAAAGUGUAUUUUUUAAGUGUAACUUCUAAUUUUUCCCCACAGUUAUAGAUAUAUUAAAGUUUUAUGUAAACGAUAA